AUGAUAAUUUUAGUAAGACAUGGAGAAAGAGCUGACAAUUGUGAAAUCGAAAUGAAAAAUAUUGUAAAUCCACAUGAUCCUCAUCUAACUCCAAAAGGGUGUGAAUAAGCUCAGUAGGCUGGAAAAUUGAUUCUUUAGGAAAUUGAACCCUAUAGAUAGAUUGAAAUUCAAACAUCUCCUUUCUUAAGAUGUAUAAUGACUGCUAAAAAUAUUGCUCAUUAAAUAAAGAAGGAAGAAAUUUCAUUAAUUACAGAAAUUUGUGAAACUUUAUAUCCUUGUUUCUUUUCCAUGAAUCCGUUGCCUGAUUUAACAAUUAAUAGCAAUCCCACACUCACUUACUUCUCUGGGAUUACCUUAAAUGAUUAAUAAUCGAAAUAAGAUGACAUAUAUCCUGAAACUUUAGAAAAUGUGACCAAUAGAAUUAUGAGUUAUGUCUAGAAUUUGUUAGAAAAGAUUGAAGAUGAUUAAUGUGUGAUAUUAGUAACUCAUCAGAGACCUUUAAAGACAAUUUUAGAGUAUUUCAAGUAGAAGACAGAUGAUGUUGGAUAUUGUAAAGUGAUAUCACUAUUUAAAGGAGAAUCUUCAUAAUUAGAAUAAUGUAAGUUCAAAAUUUAUUGA